GCUCUGUGUGCGUUGACAGCGGUUCGCUACGAAGUGCAGUGUUUGCUCUUAAAAGAGACGCGACGCGAUCGACUAUCAGCAACAGUUGCCUGGCAGUGCGCAUGACGUGCAAUGAUGCCACCGCCGGCGACGAAAUUGCGGACGCCUUCCUCGCCAUCGAACAGAAUCAGAGCGAACUGCUUUCACGCAUUCCGUACGGCUCCAAAGUUUCCCACGUGUAUAAUCCCCUGGAAUACGCCCGCGAAACGCACGAGUGCUUUGUGCGUAAAUACUGCAGGACUAGAAAGCGGGUGCUGUUUCUUGGCAUGAACCCUGGCCCCUUCGGCAUGGCUCAAAACGGGGUGCCAUUUGGUGACACGGCACACGUCGUCGGCUGGCUCGGAAUCAAAGGCCAUGUAGCCAAGCCAAAGCACGAGCAUCCUCGAAGGCCUGUGUUGGGCCUUGGCUGCACCAGGAGUGAGGUGAGCGGCCAUCGCUUCUGGGGCCUACUUCGCGAGCUCACCAUUGGCGGGGAGCUGCUCCGAGGUCCCUGGUUUGUGCACAACUACUGUCCCCUCGUGUUCCUGCUCCCCUCCGGUGCCAACCUGACACCCAACAAGCUGCCCCUCGAAGCCCGCCAGCAUCUUCAGGCAAUAUGUGAUGCAGCCCUGUUAUCUGUGCUGGAGCUGCUGAGACCAGAGGCUAUAGUUGGCAUAGGCUGCUAUGCUAGGGACAGAGCACUCUCAGCACUCUCUGCAAGCCCCUUCGAACCACCUCGUGUGCUCUGCCUCACCCAUCCAAGCCCAGCCAGCCCAAAGGCCAACCGUGGCUGGCAUGCACUGGCCCUCUCGGAGCUGCUUUCGUUUGGACUCAUCUCGGCCAAUGUUGCCGACAGGGCCAGUGCAGAGCUGUGUCCUGCUUCCCAACUACUGAGUAAAACUGUUGCCACUUGACCAAA